AUCUCAUCAACAAAUCACCAUUCACGACCGCUCCUGAAUACCUUCCGAACCGAUCCCGCUAUGGAUCUUGACCCUACACAUCAAUCUACUCACGACCCUGCAGCUGAGGCGAUUCUAGCCGAUCCAGAAAAGGUGACAAUCUUACCUGGGGAUAAGUACGAUGCAAUGACCUUCUCGCUGAAGGAUGAGGAUCACACCCUUGGAAAUUCACUGCGCUACAUAAUCAUGAAAAAUCCGGAAGUCGAGUUUUGCGGCUAUUCGCUGCCACACCCUUCCGAACCAAAACUGCACCUCCGCAUCCAGAUGUACGACAACAAGUCAGCGGCCGGCGCAUUGGCUAAGGGCCUCGAUGACCUCGAGCAGCUCGUCCUUGUCCUCGCCGAGCGCUACCGUGCCGAACUUGACCGGGGAAAAUUCGAACGCUUCGAGGAACCUACAGUCGAUGAACGACUCGAGGACAUCAAGCGCCGCAAGUACCCUCAUCUCUUGAAAGAUCCUCAAGGCGAUAUCACCAUGAACUCUUGAACUUCCUCCCACCCCUUCUCACAAACUUGUCAUCUCUGUAAUACCACCCACACAGAAUUUGUUUUAUUUUUUGUUUCUAAUACAUACAAAAGAGAAAAAAAUCUCACCCAACCUAAUCGAACCAUAACAGGAUUGCGAUCAAACUACACAAUUCAAGAUUUAACAACUCAAUCAGUGCCAUGUCAUCUCUGAAAUUUAUUUCUAAAUUGAGGAUUGAAGAUAGAUCUAUCUUGCCGGUGUCAGAACAUCGUUAUCUACAACCUGAAGAAUGGUGAAAAGGCUAUGUGAAACACCAGAUGGUCCGAAC